AUGGAUAUUUCUUCCACUUCAGAAGUUUCAGGCACUUCAUCCUCUUCAACUGUAGGUCAGGAAAAUGUGACCAAUGCUCGUCGAGCCCCGAAAUCUCGUCAGGGUUGUCAAAGAUGCAAGACCAAACGUUUAAAAUGUGAUGAGAAGAAGCCGCAUUGCCUUCAAUGCGUCAAAAGAAAAGCAGAGUGUUGCUAUGCUUCACAACGACUAGUUUGGUCGACAAAGCAUGAGAAGAUUCUUGUUGAGAAUAAUGAUAGACCACUACCAUCUUCAGCGAAAGCUCUGAAGAGGCAGUUGGAGGUCGGGUUGAAAUCUUCCGUGGACCAAAUGCCUGGCAGAAGAGUGACGGAAUGCAACACAAUUAUUGAACAUGCCGAAUCCUGCGAAGGAAGCCAAAAUGGAUCUGUAAAGAGCCCUGAGACUACGGUUCGGAGAUUGUCCACUCCGACUUUCACUGACAGUCUUUCCGCCAUUCGGUAUCAACUGAAUAACUCGACUGUACCUGAGUUUCUCGUUCACCUUCCAACCAUGCUUGUGGAAUACUAUUUUGGGUAUAUUUGUGUAAUAUUCUCCUCAUUUGAUGGCAUUUUUAAUCCGUUUCGGUCUACCGUUGGCCAACUUUGGGACGACUCAGCACCGAUAUACUACGCUAUUCAGAGCAUGGCCGCUGCUUAUCUUUCACAUGACUUCCCACGCAUGUCCGUUGUCGGAGCUCAAAUGCAACGAGAGACAUUUAAGUGUUUAUAUCAAUCGAAUAGUGCUGGGGUAGAAUCUCAUGAUAAUAUUGACAAGACUCUCUUGACUGUACUUUUGGUUGGACAAACUACAGCAUGGCACAAUCCUCGAGAUUUAGGUCUAGCACAUCUGAAGACGGCCAAGAGAUUGUACAAGCAACGUCUAUCACGACAAGGUGCGAAUUCAGAUAACAAAGUGCGGCGACAAAAUGAGUUUUUUCAGCAGUGUAUCUUGUACUGGGAUAUGUUGGCUGGAUUUGUUGAAGAUGAAGAAAACAUCGCCAUGCUAGAGGAGGACAGUACGCUGGUAGAAAGUGUCACCGCCCCAAAUACAGACCACCAAAUAUUUCCUCACCCCUGGACUGGAGUGGCGCCGAAGAUUCAGCGAUUGUUCGCGCAGGUUGGAAGGUUGAUUCGAUCUUAUCGAAAGUCAACAUUUAAUUCAAUUCCAAAUAUUGCUCUCAGUGAUCCAUUCUUUGAUUUCAAUUCUAUGCCUCUUCAAUCAACUGUCUUCGCUAGCAUCGAGUGGACCAACAGAGCACGAUAUUUAGAAGAAAAAUUACUGGCAGUAAAUUUACCAACCGAAACUGAACUUGUCGAUGCUGGUGACGAAAAUACACCCGUAAGGCAAUACAUCCUGCUAGCGGAAGCAUAUCGAUGUGCUGCUCUCCUAGAGAUAUAUCGUAUAUUCCCUUCAAUCUAUUUAAAUCGACAGCCUGACUCUCAAGAAAUACUGUCCUUGCCAGUUUCGCAUUCCGUUGAGGAAUUUUUGAUUUCGCUUGCAUUACAUGUAACAUCUAUUCUCGAGAAAAUACCGUCAACAUCUGGUACUCGGUGUCUUCAGCCUAUUGUCAUGAUUGUUGCUGCAAGUGAGCUUAAAUUCUCUACAGCAUCAAUGAACGCAUUUUCUAUCGAUACACCUUUCGGGGCAAGCCAGUUCGAGGGACCUGGUUACAGACAUAGAUCCACCUCAGGUGGUGCAGCAAUUUCCAAUAGUAUCACUAAUUUUGAAGUGGAUAUUGCGGCAGCUCGUCGGUUCAUCAUCACUCGCUUUCAAGAGUUCAAACUGUCUUUACCUGCGAAGCCCAUGACGAAAGCGUUAAUACUGAUAGAAGAGACUUGGGCAAGGGCCGAUAUUGGACAAGAAGUAUUCUGGAGUACGUUACCUCACUUUGUCACAAUCUUUGUAACAAUUUCACCUUAA